AGGUUCGUGCGCUUAACAGCGCGGUGGAGCGGCCUCAAUGCCGGUCAGGAAGGGCCUCCUCGCUCCACAGAAUACUUUCUUGGAUACCAUCGCGACUCGUUUCGAUGGAACCCACAGCAACUUUGUAUUGGGAAAUGCGCAGGUUCCGUCGAUCUAUCCGAUUGUCUAUUGCUCCGAUGGAUUCUGCGAGCUGACAGGAUUUGCACGAGCGCAAAUCAUGCAGAAGGGUUGCGCUUGCAAGUUUCUCUACGGGCCGGAAACGAAGGAGGAAGAAAAGGCCAUGAUCGACAAGAGCCUCGAGAGCAAGACAGAAUUGAAAAUGGAAGUGGUCUUCUACAAGAAGAACGGAAGUCCAUUCGAUUGCCUACUCGACAUUGUUCCGAUAAAAAACGAGAAGGGCGACGUCGUUCUGUUCCUGGCCUCGCACAAAGACAUCACGCACACGAAGAAUCUUCAGCUCUGUGAGUUGCACGAUAGUGACUCGAAUGGCAAUAUCGACCCUGAGGCACCGCCUUCCAAUUAUGGUAGGAGAAGAAGUCGCGCCGUCCUUUAUCAACUGUCAGGUCAUUAUAAGCAGGACAAUAAGCACAAAAUUAAGCUAAACAAUACGCUUCUACAUUCAACCGAACCGCCUUUACCAGAAUACAAAACGUCGGCGAUCAAAAAGUCGCAAUUUAUUCUUAGUCAUUACGGUGGUUUCAAAUCCUGCUGGGACUGGCUGAUCCUCAUCGCGACCUUUUACGUGGCAAUAAUCGUUCCCUAUAAUGCGAGCUUCAUCAACACCGAUAGGCCUACCAUGGUCAGUGACGUCGUCGUCGAAGCACUCUUCAUUAUCGAUAUCCUUUUGAACUUCAGAACAACGUACGUGAGUAGAAAGGGCGAAGUCGUCAGCAAUAGCAAAAGCAUCGCCGUGAACUACGUGAAAGGCUGGUUCUUUGUUGAUCUCGUAGCAGCAUUGCCGUUUGAUUUUCUCUACGCUUCAGACGUUUACACCAGCGAGGACACAGCACACAGUAAUAUUCAUUUAGUGAAGCUCACAAGAUUACUGAGACUCGCGCGUCUAUUACAAAAGAUGGAUAGAUAUUCGCAAUAUAGCGCGGUAAUAUUAACGAUGCUUAUGCUUUUUUUCAUUCUGGUCGCGCAUUGGUUAGCUUGUAUCUGGUAUGUCAUCGCCGAGAAGGAGAGAUUGCGAAACGAUAAAGAUUGGGACCUAGGCUGGAUACAUACUUUAGCUGAGAGGUUGAAAAUAUCUGUACAAAACGUUACGCAUACAGAGAGCUAUAUAACGGCAUUAUAUUUCACUUGUAGUAGUUUAACUUCCGUAGGGUUCGGAAAUGUUUCGGCUAAUACAUUCUCGGAAAAAUUCUUUUCUAUUUGCACAAUGCUGAUUGGUGCUCUAAUGCAUGCCGUGGUAUUCGGUAAUGUUACUGCAAUCAUUCAAAGAAUGUACUCUAGAAGAUCCCUAUAUCAAACAAAGUUACGAGAUCUUAAAGACUUUCUAAUCUUACAUCAGAUCCCGGAAGAGCUCAAACAGCGAAUGCAGGAUUACUUUCAGACCAUAUGGUCGCUAAAUCACGGUAUUGAUAUACACGAGACCCUUAAACAAUUUCCCGAGGAGUUGCGAGGAGAUGUUUCGAUGCAUCUUCAUCGUGAGAUUUUAAGUUUACCGAUAUUCGAAACCGCCGCUCAAGGAUGUUUAAAGCUACUCUCGCUCCAUAUUAGAAACAACUUUUGCGCCCCCGGCGAAUUUCUCAUCCACAAAGGCGAUGCACUUUCGUACAUCUAUUAUCUGUGUAACGGAUCCAUGGAGGUUGUGCAAAAUGACAUGGUUGUCGCAAUUUUAGGAAAGGGCGAUUUGGUGGGUUGCGAUAUAAACGUUCAUCUGCAAUACGGAAAUAACGGCGGAGGCACGACCGGAACUGGUUCAGUUGACGUUGUAGUAAAAUCCAGCUGCGACGUCAAAGCGCUAACAUAUUGUGAUCUAAAGUCUAUACACAUGCAAGGAUUAGUCGACGUUCUCCGAAUGUACCCCGAAUAUCAGUCGGAGUUUGCGCAUGAUAUACAACACGAUCUAACAUAUAAUUUGCGCGAAGGAUACGAGGCAGAGCAGGAAUCCGAUGUGAACGGCCCGUCAUUGACACUGCCCUCCAUCAGCGAGGAUGACGAGAAUGUAGUCGAGGAAGGUGAAACCUCCCCUUUAUCACCACCGAACAAAUCACCACUUCACACAUCUUCGAGUCCGCGACAUGCCAAGUUCAGGGAGGAUUAUAGGGAUGGAAGACGAGCGGGGAGGGGUGUCCUGGUACGAGGAGGAAGGACAGCGCAGGUGAUUGCACAGGAAUCUAUGGAGGAGCACAUUCGAGGAUCGGUCGAGAGAUUAGAUAAUCAGUUUUCCACGUUGCAUCAAGACGUUGCGACGCUCAGUUGCGAGGUGCGCAACGCUAUUCAAGCAUUGCAGAUGCUCGCCUGCUCACCCCAGAGUAAUCCGAAUCUGCCAACGCCGGCGGCGAGCCACGGCAGCGGGGUUCUCGCGAGGAGCUCAUCACAUCCCCCAGACGCCAUUUGUUGGAAUCCACCGGCGAGAUUGAUCGACAUGUCGACGCAGACGGAUUGGCCGGUCGACUUGUUCGAGACAUGGGUGCGCGCAAACCCCCGCAGGGCUCUGAAAGCCCUCGGUCUCGAUCCGAACGUCGUCCUGAGGCUACCUCCACCGUCGCCUACGCCGUCGCCGUCCUCGCCUCCGCCGCCACCCUACGAGCCCUUAUCACCCUUGACGAGCUCGCCCCAACAAUCUUCCCAAAAACCCUCGCGAUCUCUGACGACAGGAAAUGACAGCUACGUUUUUGGAAUUACUCACAACGCUUCGCACAUUCCUCGAUUGUACAGGCCGCCCAACUCAGCCUGGGAUCCGGACAACAAGCUAUGGCACCGCUUUAGCGCCGGCGACGCCGACAACGCGUCGUUAUAUCAGGCGUUGCGAAGUCUUCCGGAGUCACGCUCAUUGAAGUUCAAUCCGUUCGACAGCUGAGCUGAUUAAUUAUUCCGAGCUCGCACAAAAAUUCAUUUAUCUAUUAACGUGAAUGAAAAAAAGUCUAUUGCAAUCAAUUUUUAUCAGUAAAAUAAUGGAUCUCUUGCGCAUUGUGAUAAAAUGUUUAAAAAAAUUUCGAUUUAAAGACGUAAUAAAUCUAUACAUUAAUCAACCGCGGAUAUUAAUUCAUGCUAAAGACUUGAGGCAAUUUAAUUGACAGAGGUCAAUUACGAUAUCACAAAUUGUUAAACAUUUAUCACAAUAAACAUUCUAAUAGAUUUGGAAAUAAAAUUGGAGUAAUUUCUGAUAAAAUAAAAUUCGACAUUGACCCGCGCGAAACAUUAAUUUGCAUUCCGCAACGGAAGCGGAUAACCGAUGAUACGAUAUCGAUUGGAAAAUCUCGUAUUUCAAACCACGGACGAUAAUGUAUUACAUAUGCAAAUUUAAGCUCGAACAUUGUAACAUAAACAAUCGCUCGUUUAUGUGACACUGGAUUACUCGUCAAUUGACGUUUAUAUUUCCUUCGCUCGUUAACAUUAUUCUUCAUGAUCUCGCUAUAUAAUAUUUAAUCCUUGAAUGCAUCGAGCUUCUUUCAUAAAAACUAAAUUAAAUUAAGACUGACGCGAUAUACAAAAACACAAUAAGUAUACAUAUCAGCAAAUUUAAAACUUGUAAUACUCUGGUUUUAAGCAAAAAUGGAGUAGAUGUUUAAAAUAUUUUUUCUAACGAUAUAGACAUAUGUAUAUCAAUAUCUAUCAUUUUCUUUAUUGCAGGCGACGAAUAAAAUAGAUAAAAUAUUUGAAUAAAAAUAUAUUUAAAUAUUAAAAUUUUUAAUAUAUUCUUACCAUAUAAAUACACAUCUUAUUAAAGAAAACCUAAUGCCCCUUCAGCAAUUCUCUAUCUCUUUCAUGGAAGUACAUAAAGCUAAUUAUUUCUGUCUUGUAUCCCUCGCACAAAUCAUAUGUAAGAUCGUGUUGUAUAUUGUGUGCAAACUCAUACUAAUAUUCGAGGUACAAUCGGAAGACCUUGAUUAAAUCUUGCGUGCAUAUGCAUUUAAAAUCACAAUAGUACUUUGACAUUACAACUGGAUUUUACAAUCUCAACUGAACCAAUUCCGCUCGUGCCUCUGCUAUUGUAUGGCAGAUAAACGUUGAUAUCGAAAUCUAUCAAGUUAUUCUUUCCUUAGAAAAGAAAAUGAAUAUAUCAGAGAUAAAAUCUGCUCGCAAAAUAAUAAACCGAAACGUUUUAAAAAUCUUAAUUUAAAUUUGAAAUUGUAUCGUGACGUAAAAUCGAACAGAUUUAAGUAUUAUCGAUUAUAAUUUGGCGAUAAAGCGACGACUAUUAAUCAUGAGAAAAAUUAAUUGUGCAUAUUAAUUUGAUCCUGCUCUCAAGAUUUACCAUCAAUCAACAUCGUGCAAAUAGAAAAGAAUUUUUCCGAGUAUGUUUUUGCUGAAACAUUUUUGAACCUUAUGGAAGUUAGACAAAUGAAAUAUAAUACUGUCAUGUAGCUUUGUGCAUGUGUAACAUUUUAUAUGAGUAUUUUCAAUUUCUCAACCAGAGUAUGUAACCAGAACAGAUUAUUAAUAAUUCUAGCAUUAAACCAUUCUAUCUCCCUUUAAAGAAAAAUUUUAUUGAAGCAUCAUGCAUUCAAGGGUUAAGCGAUAUUUCAUAUAUUGUCCUAGGCAUUUCUGUCACUGCCAAACAGGAUAAUACAUGACUUUAUAUAUCUCAGCGGUUUUUUCAUUUCCGCGAUAAAAUAUAUAAUAUAUUCUAUAAAUCUCACCUUGAGUAAAAUAAAUUCUCACUUACAUCAUUUUAAUACACAUAAUUCUAUGAUACAAUUCGAUAUAUGUAGCUAACGAACCUGCACCUGAAUAACGCUUUGAAAAAAUCUCUAACAUUUAUAAUUAUUCCGUAUACGUCGUCUACACAAUCGAUGUAACAAUAUUCUAGCGUUUUCUACUGAACGUUAAAUAACAGCAUCUAAUUUUAUAGAGAUAGAGUUGUGCGCAUAAAUUUUUAAUUCAUGCUCGUAUAAGCGCGCAGAUUAAAAAAUAAUCGGUCUUUGCUCUAUCGCAGUUAAGCUGCACGUCUCCGAUAAAUGAGGCCAGACGCUUCGCGCGGCUCCAUCACGCGGGGCAGCUCCAUAAAAUAUCACGAGUCACGAGCCGUUUAUCCAGAGAGUUAGGGUAGCAAUAAUGUGCACAAGAAAUUUCAAUGUACACCAUCGACGUCCAGUCUAGAAAACAUUCGUAUAGCAUACUCGUUAAGUAGUUUGGUGAUGAGCGAUGUAGCGCGGUUACACGGCAUAAAAUAGCUUCGAAGUCUAUCUUGAUCGGUAAUGUAUGUCCAUUAUACAAGCUGUGUGUGCGUGUGUGUCACGAGAAUCUAUAUCUAUAAAACUAUAUAUAUAAAUACUUUUUAGAUUUAAAAAUCGGACAUGUAUAUAUAGGGAAAAAUGACGUUGAAAAUAUGUGAUAAGGCACGGCUUUGGCCAUGCACGACUACGUUCGCGUUCGAGCACUUCCGUCGUUAUUUGUGAAAGAUUUGUCACGCGGAAAAUAUUAAAAUUCGAUUCUUUACACUUCAAUGCGAUGUCUAUGUAUUCCAUUUUAUCUCCAUAACCGCGCUGAUAAUCUAAUAUCGAAAGUAUAUUUAUCGGAUUUUUGUGAUUUAUUAUCGCGCAACGAGACAUCAAUAAUUCUGCAAGAAUCUUUCUCUUCUGUCGAAGAGAAAUAUAAAGAAUUACUUUGAAAUUUUUAUCGAGUAUUAUCACUACGAGAUAUAAAAGACAUUUUCACAAAUAUCGUUGGAAUGUGCUGUUUUAUAAAUAUUUCAUAUAUUUUGUUAUACUGUGUUUCUCUAUGCUCUUCGCAUUAGAAUUCAAAAGAGCUAAGUGUAUUAUAACAUUAUCCGACAUAUACAUUUUUCACGAAUUCUAUCACUUUUUACACUCUCCUUUUCCUAUUCCUACACACAGAUCACUGCAAAAUAAAUAGCAUAACCCUCCCGGAUUUUAUCGUAAUAAGGUCAAUAAGCACAAAUAUAAUAAAACAAUCCUCUUCCUAAUUAUCUGCUCGAAAUUAAGGACCUCUUUAUAAUAUCCUUAACAAUAUCUUCGACCAACUCUGGGUUUGAGCGAGACAAAUAUUAUACAACAAUGCUGUUUACGUUAAUCCUUUAUCGCGUAGUUAUCUUUCUAUCGUAAAAAAAUUGCACUUAUAAAACAAGUAUGUUAACAAGUAUGUAAAGAUAGAUAUUGUAGUAUAUAUUUUCGCUAUUCUACCUCUUUAAAAAUAUAUAAAUAUAUAGAAUUUAACGUUUUUAUCGGCAAUAAUAUGAAAGAUUUUAUUGAAAUAAUAUAUUAAAAUUGAGAUAAUUGUACUGCAGAACGAUACAAAGAGAGACAAAUCUUAAGAAGAAAUAUAAAUUUUUAUAAAACAUUGGCUUGCCGUAUAUUUGGCAAGCUAUGCUGUAAGGAUUUAAUCCAGAAAUAUUCGAUAGGUGUGUGUACAUACAUACACUGCGCGUAUAAAAAAAAAAAAAAAAAAUAAUAAGCCACAUGUUCAUGUGCGAGAAAAGUCAGGAAUUAAGAAAUUAUCCAAAAUCGAGCUCUACGCAAUCGUGUUUCUCAUUGUACAUUUGUCAACACUAAACUAGUUAGGAUACUUGAAACGACGGCCUUAAAAUAAAAGUUUAUUUUUUUCACGAUGAUAAAUAUCUGACAGAGCAGGUGAACGCGUGGCGAAGCGAAGCGAUCUCUAAAAAUGAUUCGCCAAGAGCGAAGGACGUGAAACGGAAAUAAGACAGGAAAUGCGAGAUAGAAAGAGAGAGAGAGAGAGGGGGAGAGGAAGGGAGAGAGAAAGAGAACAGAUAUUUCUCUAUAAACGCGUUAAUCCUUUAUGAAAAUAUAUAUCUGAACCUUUGUAAAUAUUUUUAAACACUUGUAUACGUGUCUAUAUACCUUGUAAGUGUCUAUAUAAGUGGCAUUCUUUGUUCAACAGAUAUGAGUUACGAAA